AUGGCCAAGAGCUCGAGAUCCAGUGUCAAGAAGAACAACAACCAAAGACUCAAGAAGAAUGUCUUUGGCCCUGCCGAGGAAGCGCGAGCAGAGCGCCUCUCAGCCAAGCUGUUGGAAUUAGCAAAGCAGCCGAAGCCUGAGAAGGAGGCUGAUGUCAACAUGGACGCUGAUGAGCAAGAUGAUGCGCAAAUCAACCCUGAUGAGGCCGAGGAAGAUGCCAAGAAGGCUGAGGACACCCGCAUGGACGUGGACUCGGCAAAGCCCCGUCGCAGAUCUGGUAGGAUUCAGAAGCAGAGGAAGACGUCCAAGAUCGUCUUUCCCAAGUACAAGGACCGUCGCGGAGGCUCCAAGAAGAAGGCUUAA